UAUAUCUUUCACCGUGCUCUACCAGAAUGAUAAAAUCAGAGGCUGUAAAGUUACGUAGGUCGUGGUGGUAACGCCGCUUGGUGCUUGCAGUAAACGCGUCAGUUGUUCAGAAUAAAUAUUUUCUCCGUAGUAGUGCGUAAAAAAUCAAGUUUUAUUUAUUAAUUAAAUCGGUACAAUAAACAUCAGCCAAGAUGUCUUAUAUGCUGUCUCAUCUUCACAAUGGAUGGCAGGUGGAUCAAGCAAUUUUAUCCGAAGAAGAUCGCGUUGUCGUCAUUAGAUUUGGUCACGAUUGGGAUCCCAUGUGCAUGAAAAUGGAUGAAGUAUUAUACAAUAUUGCGGAAAAAGUGAAAAACUUUGCUGUUAUUUACUUGGUGGACAUUACUGAAGUUCCCGACUUCAACAAAAUGUAUGAGUUGUAUGAUCCCUGUACAGUUAUGUUCUUCUUUAGAAACAAACACAUUAUGAUUGAUUUGGGUACUGGUAACAACAACAAAAUCAACUGGACUCUCGAAGAUAAACAAGAGAUGAUAGAUAUCAUUGAAACGGUCUACAGGGGAGCCAGAAAGGGUAGAGGUUUGGUGGUUUCUCCUAAAGACUAUUCAACAAAAUAUAGAUAUUAAUUUACUACCUUCAUGACGCUUCUUUAAACAAUGAAAGUGGCUUUAAAUUACGUUUUACAGUAAAACUAAAGUCUGAUAAAGUCAUUCGUUGCAUGUUGUAGCUCCUUACAUGAGUACAGCAACACAUCGAUGGUCUUCUUCCCGUGAAAUAUUUAUAUUCAUGAGAUUCAAACAAAUAUUAUUCAAUUGUAAAUAGUAAAAUGUUAAGAUUGACCCAAGUCUCAGUCAAUGGUGGUUGUCAAAGAUCACAUCAGUGGACCACACAUACCUUGUCUUAAUGUCUUUGACCAAGGUCUGAUCCACACAUAUGUCAGAGGAUACAUCACCAUUUAGAAAAUUAAUUGAUAACUUUUAUUUAUUAAUAGACAUUUUAAAAAGUCAAACAAGUUUUAAGUAUUUUAACUAUUAUUUAUCUUUAUGUGAUGAACACGACGGAAGAAUACUUAUGUAGUAUUGUGAGAUUUGUCUAACAAAGUUUUUUUGAAAUUAAUAAAUAUCUUUGUUAGAUUGACACACUUAUUAAUCUUUAUUGUUAUACGUUUACACAGAUGAAGAACAGCAUUCAAUUUAAUUGAGUAU